GCUGGUUGAUGAAAUAGCUUCCUGGAUUUCUGACUGAGUGGCUGAGAUUGGUGCCGUCUCACAACUCAAAGCCAAUAGGGCAGAAAACAGAAGCAUCUUCAGCUGAAUCUUGCGGUGGUGUAGUUCAAGGCCUGAAUGGCACCAUAGAGUCGCCUGGAUUCCCCCACGGCUAUCCCAACUACGCCAACUGUACGUGGCUGAUAAUAACAGGGGAGAGGAACCGAAUCCAGCUAACCUUCGUCACGCUGGCGCUGGAGGAAGACUUUGAUAUUGUAUCAGUAUACGAUGGACAACCAUCGCCUGGCAACUUAAAACUGAGGUUGUCAGGAUUCAUGCUGCCAUCCCCUAUAGUCAGCAGUGGAUCUAUAUUGGCCUUGUGGUUUACCACAGACUUUGCCGUCAGUGCUCAGGGCUUCAAAGCUGUAUACGAAGUCCUUCCCAGCCACACAUGUGGCACCCCCGGCCUCAUUCCAAAUGGGGUCAUUCAUGGAUCGCGGUACAACAUGGGGGACAAGAUCCGAUACAGCUGUGAGUCAGGUUUUGUAUUGGAAGGACACAGUAUCCUCACAUGUAUUGUAUCACCUGGCAGUGGAGCACAAUGGGACUUCCCAUCACCAUUUUGUAGAGCGGAGGGAGCAUGUGGCGGAACGUUACGGGGCACAGCGGGUUCAAUAACCAGCCCAGGAUACCCUGCAGAGUAUGACAACAACCUGGACUGUACUUGGUCAAUCCUUGCUGAACCCGGGGACACCAUCGCUCUCGUCUUCAGUGACUUCUUAUUAGAGGACAAAUAUGACUUCCUGGAAAUCAGUGGGACAGAAGCACCAAGCAUAUGGUUGACUGGCAUGACACUGCCCUCACCAGUGAUAUCCAGUAAGAACUGGCUUCGGUUACAUUUCACCUCAGACAGCAACCAUCGAAGAAAAGGAUUCAGCGCUCAAUACCAAGUUAAGAAAGCAAUCGAAUUGAAGUCCAGAGGCGUGAAGAUGAUGCCCAGUAAAGACUCCAGUCACAAAAAUGCUGUCUUGAGUCAAAGUGGUCUUGCUGGUGAUGUUUGUCCAGAUCCCGGAGUUCCAGAAAAUGGCAAGAGGAUGGGCUCCUCCUUCCAGGUUGGCUCCAGCGUCCAGUUCAGUUGUGAUGACAGCUACGUACUACAAGGAUCUAAAAGUAUCACCUGUCAGCGAGUCACUGACACACUGGCUGCCUGGAGUGACCACAGACCCAUCUGUAGAACUCGUACCUGUGGCAGUAACCUACGGGGGCCUAGAGGGAUCAUAACCUCUCCUAACUACCCUGUUCAGUAUGAGAACAAUGCACACUGUGUGUGGGUCAUCACUGCAAUGGACUCUGGACAGGUGAUAAAGCUGUCAUUUGAAGAGUUUGACCUGGAAAGAGGGUAUGACACACUGACUGUGGGAGAUGGAGGAAAGAUAGGAGACACUCGGAGGGUACUCUAUGUACUCACCGGCUCCAGUGUUCCUGACCUCAUCGUCAGCUUGUCCAAUCAGAUGUGGCUACAUCUGCAGUCUGACGAUACAAUUGGCUCAGCGGGGUUCAAGGCAGUCUAUGAAGAGAUAGAACGGGGAGGCUGUGGUGAUCCCGGGGUCCCGGCAUUUGGUCGUCGCAGCGGUGAUCGCUUCCAACACGGUGACGUGUUGACCUUCUUUUGCCAGUCAGCCUUUGAACUUGUGGGAGAAAGGACCAUAACGUGUCAGCACAAUAACCAGUGGUCUGGGAAUAAACCCAGUUGUGUCUUCUCAUGUUUCUUCAACUUCACUGCUCCGUCUGGGACUAUAUUGUCUCCGAACUACCCAGAGGAGUAUGGGAACAACCUGAACUGUGUGUGGUUAAUUAUCUCUGAGCCGGGAAGCCGCAUUCAUCUCCUCUUCUCUGACUUUGACCUGGAGCCACAGUUCGACUGGUUGGUGGUCAAAGAUGAAGGUCUGUCUGAGCCAACAACAUUUGGAACGUUCUCGGGAAAAGAUGUUCCAUCACAAAUCGCCUCCAAUGGACACAUCAUGAGACUGGAAUUUCAGUCUGAUCACUCUAAUACUGGAAAAGGCUUCAAUAUCAGCUACACCACAUUUGGUCAGAAUGAAUGUCAUGACCCCGGAGUUCCUGUCAAUGGUCAAAGGUAUGGUGACCAGUUUCAGCUCGGCAGCUCUGUGGCGUUUCGCUGUGAUCAAGGAUUCAUUAGGACACAGGGAUCAGAUCAGGUCACCUGCAUCAUUCAGGAUGGAAAUGUUGUUUGGUCUGCGGCUGUACCUCGGUGUGAAGCCCCAUGUGGAGGCCACCUCACAGCUCCUACCGGUGUUCUGCUGUCUCCUGGUUGGCCUUCCUUUUAUAAAGACUCUCUGAAUUGUCAGUGGGUGAUAGAAGCACAACCAGACCAUGCUGUGAAGAUAAAUUUUGACAGGUUUCAGACUGAGGUCAACUACGAUACACUAGAAAUUAGGGAUGGCCCCUCAGCCUCCUCUCCCCUGGUUGGUGAAUACCACGGCACCCAGGCACCUCAUUUCCUGAUAUCCACAUCAAACUUCCUGUUCUUGUUGUUCACCACAGACAACAGCCGCUCUGCAGCAGGCUUCAGCAUCAGAUAUGAAAGUGUGAAAAUGGAGUCAGAUUCUUGUCUCGAUCCUGGUAUCCCAGUCAAUGGUCGUCGCCAUGGCAGCAUCUUUUCCAUUGGCUCCCGUGUCUCAUUUACAUGUGACCUAGGAUACACACUGAGUGAUCAGGAGCCAAUUGUUUGUGAGCUGAAUCAUCAGUGGAGUCACGCUCUUCCCAGUUGUGAUGCUCUUUGUGGAGGCUACGUUUAUGGUAAAACGGGUACUAUUCUGUCUCCUGGCUUUCCUGACUUCUACCCUAACUCCCUUAACUGUACCUGGACUAUCGAGGUAUCUCAUGGGAAAGGUGUCCAUUUGGUUUUCCACACUUUCCAUCUGGAGGAGAACCACGACUACCUUUCCAUCGCUGAGGACGAGAAUUUCCAGGUUCCAGUAGCGCGACUCACUGGCUCAGUGCUGCCCCCUAGUGUCAAAGCAGGACUCUUUGGGAACUUCAGCGCUCAGCUACGAUUUAUAUCAGAUUUUUCCAUGAGUUACGAAGGCUUUAAUAUUACUUUCUCAGAGUACGACUUGGAGCCAUGUGAGGAUCCCGGUGUACCGGCGUAUAGCAGGAGGAUGGGAUUCAGAUUUCAAGUUGGUGACUCGCUGGCUUUCUCCUGUUUCCAUGGCUACCGACUUGAGGGAGAUAGCAAGAUCACUUGUCUGGGAGGAGGCAGGCGAGUCUGGAGCAACACGCUACCACGAUGUAUAGCUGAGUGUGGAGCUACCUCACUGGGGCCAGAAGGUGUUCUCCUUUCUCCGAACUUCCCCUCCAACUAUGAUAAUAACCACGAAUGCAUUUACCGCAUCACUACUGAAAAGGGCAAAGGAAUCAGGCUGAAAGCUGAGAGCUUCUCAUUGCAAGAUGGAGACUAUCUCAAGGUCUAUGAUGGAGAGAACACUUCAUCCCGUCUCCUUGGCAACUUCACACGUGACGGCAUGAUGGGUCAUGUCAUUAACAGUACGUCCAAUCACUUGGGGCUGGAUUUCAACAGCAAUGCCUCUGGAACCAAUCAGGGUUUUCGCCUCUCAUACACAAGCUUUGACUUAACACGCUGCGAGGAACCAGGUGUCCCUAGUUAUGGCUAUAAGAUCCAGGAUGACGGUCAUUUUGCCAACACUUUUGUCCUCUACUCCUGCAACCCUGGAUACAGUCUCCAUGGCAGCAGCACACUGACCUGUCUUAGUGGGGACAGACGUGUCUGGGACAAACCCCUUCCUUCCUGUAUCGCGGAGUGUGGAGGUCACAUAACGGGAGCGGUGUCUGGACGAAUUCUGUCUCCGGGAUAUCCUGCUCCUUAUGACAACAACCUCCACUGUACCUGGACUAUAGAGGCUGAUACAGGCAAGACGAUCAGCCUCCACUUCAUUGUCUUUGACACUGAGAUCGGCCACGAUAUUCUGAGAGUUUGGGAUGGUCCAUCUGGGCCGUCAGACGGGGGGAUCCUGUUGAAAGAGUGGUCAGGCCCAGCCCUGCCGGAAGACAUUCACUCUACUUUCAACAUACUCACACUGCAGUUUGAUUCAGAUUAUUUCAUCAGCAAGCAAGGAUUUUCUAUACAGUUCUCCACCACCACAGCAACGACCUGCAAUGACCCAGGCAUCCCUGUAAAUGGCUCCCGAUACGGGGACAGUAAGGAGCCAGGUGACAGUAUGACGUUCCAGUGUGACCCAGGCUAUCAGCUGGAAGGCCAGGACACAAUCACAUGUGUACGGAUGGAUAACAGAUUCUACUGGCAACCAGACCCUCCAACAUGUAUAGCAACCUGCGGGGGUAACAUCAGUGGGACCUCUGGGGUAAUUCUGUCUCCCAACUACCCCCAGCCUUACCCACCGGGGAAAGAGUGCGACUGGAGAAUCAGAGUCAACCCUGACUUCGUCAUUGCCCUCAUCUUUAAAAGUUUCAACAUGGAGCCAAGUUACGACUUCCUGCACAUCUACGAGGGUGAAGACUCCAAUGGGCCGUUACUAGCAAGUCUCCAAGGCAACCAGGCCCCGGAGCGGAUAGAGAGCAGUAGUAACAGUCUCUUCCUGGCUUUCAGAUCUGAUGCCUCACUGGGCAUGUCUGGCUUCGCCAUUGAAUAUAGAGAAAAACCAAGAGAGGCCUGUUUUGACCCUGGUAACAUAAUGAACGCCAGUCGAACGGGUUACGACUAUAAACUGGGAUCUCAGGUCUCCUACAACUGUCACCAUGGUUACACAAUUGUGGGCGGAGAUACCAUCACCUGUGUCAUGGGACAUGACGGGAAGCCCGUGUGGGACACGGCACUGCCAUCAUGUAAAGCUCCCUGCGGAGGACAGUAUGGCGGAUCUGAAGGGGUUGUUUUGUCUCCAAACUAUCCCCUGAACUACACGACAAGACAAACUUGCUCCUAUUACAUCGCUGUGUCCACACAGUUUGUGGUGUUUGGCCAGUUUGCUGUUUUCCAGACGGCAAUGAAUGACUCCGUGGAGCUGUUUGAUGGAGCCAAUGAGAAUGCUCGCCUGCUAAGCUCCCUGGCUGGGUCACAUUCCGGAGAGACGCUGCCAUUGGCAACUUCCAAUCAGAUCAUGUUGCGGUUCAAUGCUAAGAGUGGCCAGUCAGCUCGAGGCUUUCACUUUGUCUACCAAGCGGUGCCUCGCACCAGUGACAGUCAGUGCAGCUCAGUGCCAGAGCCUCGGUACGGCAGGCGGAUCGGUUCAGAGUUCUCGGCCGGUUCUGUGGUUCGGUUUGAGUGCAGUCCAGGGUAUCUGCUGAAAGGAUCCAGUGCUAUCCGAUGCCAGGCUGUACCAGGGGCCCUUGCACAAUGGAACUCAACAACACCAACCUGUAUAGUUCCGUGCAGCGGUAACGUGACAGAACGUCGUGGGACAAUACUGUCUCCUGGCUACCCUGAACCCUACCCAAACAGUCUCAACUGUCUUUGGAGGAUCCAUGUCAGCGAAGGGGCUGGGAUACAGAUCCAAGUUAUGACGUUUGCUACUGAGCACAACUGGGACUCUCUGGAGAUCUACGAUGGAGGAGACAUGACAGCUCCAAAAUUAGGGUCAUUUUCUGGAACCACAGCUCCGGCCCUACUCAACUCAACAUCAAAUCAGCUGCUUCUGCACUUCCAGAGUGACAUCAGUGUGGUGGCAGCAGGUUUUCACCUAGAAUACAAGACUGUUGGUCUGACCACCUGUCCAGAGCCAAUGAUCCCAGCCAAUGGCAUUAAAACUGGAGACAGAUAUAUGGUCAAUGAGGUGGUGGCUUUCACCUGUGAGCCUGGGUACACGUUGCAGGGCCACUCCCACAUUUCCUGCAUGCCUGGUACUGUGCGUCGAUGGAACUACCCACCUCCACUUUGCAUAGCUCGUUGCGGCGGGGUGUGGUCUGAGAUGAGUGGUGUCAUCCUCAGUCCAGGUUUCCCAGGCAACUACCCCGGCAACCUGGACUGCACCUGGCAAAUAACCCUGCCAACUGGAUAUGGAGCACAUAUUCAAUUCCAAAACUUCUCGUCUGAGGACAACCACGACUUCCUCGAGGUCAGGGCUGGACCACAGCAUAGCUCUGCUCUUAUUGGACAGUUUAGUGGUUCGCAGAUCCCUCCCCCUCUACUGAGCACUACCCACCUGACAAUCAUCCACUUCUACAGUGACCAUUCAGAGAACAGGCCUGGAUUCAAACUGACCUAUCAGGCCUAUCAACUGCAAAACUGCCAGGACCCCUUUCCAUUCCCCAAUGGUGACAUCAUCAACAGUGACUACAGCGCUGGCCAAUCUGUAACGUUUCAGUGCUACCCAGGUUAUGUUUUGAUCGGACACACAGUACUAACGUGCCUGCACGGGACCAACCGGAAGUGGAACCACCCAUUUCCACGCUGUGAGGCUCCCUGCGGCUAUAAUGUCACGGCUGAAAAUGGGACCAUCUAUUCACCUCAGUACCCCAAUGAAUACCCUAACUCCCAAGAUUGUAUCUGGCUCAUCACUGUUCCCCAUGGACAUGGAGUUUAUAUCAACUUUACCUUAUUGCAGACGGAGCCUGUCACUGAUUACAUUGCUGUCUGGGACGGUCCAGAGACAUCUAGUCCACAGCUUGGAGUCUUCAGUGGCAACACAGCACUGGAGUCGGCUUACAGUAGCAGCCCAAAGGUCCUGAUUCGCUUUCACUCUGACUUUUCAACUGGAGGGUUCUUCAUUCUCAACUUCCAUGCUUACCGUCUGAAGAAAUGCCCUUCUCCCCCUGUUGUGGAGAAUGCAGAGUUGAUCUAUGAAGAUGAAGACUUCCAGAUAGGUGAUAUUGUAAAGUAUCGCUGUUCACCUGGAUACACACUGACUGGAAAAUCAGAGCUGAUGUGCAAACUCAACUCCCAUUUGCUCUUUGAAGCCCCGCCACCUACAUGUCAAGCCCAAUGCCCAGCCAAUGAGGAGCGCUCUUCGUCAUCAGGAGUCAUACUAAGCCCUGGGUUUCCUAGCAAUUACCCCAACAGCCAGACAUGCUCCUGGCUUUUACAAAUGGUUCCAGGUUAUACCAUCAAUAUCUACGUAGAGAUGUUCCACAGCGAGAAACAGUUUGAUGAAUUGGAGAUUUUUGAUGGAUCCUCAGGACAAAGUCCUUUGCUUGUUGCUCUAAGUGGUAACCAUUCAUCCCAGCUGAACUUCACAUCCAAAACGAACCAGCUCUAUCUGCGAUGGUCCACUGACCACGCAACCAACAAGAGAGGAUUCAAGAUAAGAUAUUCAGCUGCCUACUGUAGCAUUAACGAACCCCCAGUGAAUGGGGGCGUGGUCAACCGAACCAAACUUCGCCCAGGCAGCAGACUUCAGUUCUUUUGCAACCGUGGUUACCGCCCAGUCGGCUCAACCAAUGCCACCUGCAGGCUCCGUUCCAAUGGGCUUUUCCAGUGGGAUACACCACCACCUUUUUGUCAAGCUAUCUCGUGUGGAAUCCCUCAGUCGCCAGGCAACGGCAGCUUCCAUGCUUACCAGUACACUGUUGGUAGCCAGGUUACCUACCAUUGUAACUAUGGUUACCACCUUGACCCGGGUGUUUCAAUGACAGCAGUCUGUUUGGAAGAUGGCAUCUGGAGUAAUGCUGCCUCAGCCCCCAAAUGUUUACCGGUCCACUGCCCGAGCAUUGAGGGCAUCUUGUCAGAUCACAUGACCUACCACCUGCUCCGUGGUAGGUUGGAAGAGUUUGGGUCUAUGUUGAUGCUGGAAUGCUCAACAGGGUACUAUUUGGGUGUGGGGCAUAGGACCCUUAGCUGCCUUGCCAACGGGACCUGGGAGGGAUCAGAUGACCCAGCAACAUGCAAGAUCAUCUCCUGUGGUGAGCUUCCUUCUCCACCCUUUGGGGCCAAACUAGGGACGUUGACCACAUUCGGAGCAACUGCAAUCUUUAUGUGUAACCAUGGUUACACCCUGGUGGGGUCACAUGUCAGAGAGUGCGGCGCAAACGGACUGUGGAGUGGUGCAGAAACCAGGUGUCUAGCUGGUCACUGUGACUCUCCGGAUCCUAUUGUCAAUGGGCACAUUAGUGGGGAUGGGUCAAGUUAUCGUGACACAGUGGUGUACCAGUGCAUGUUAGGAUAUCGCCUAAUUGGCACUUCAGUCAGAAUCUGCCAGCAAGACCAUCGGUGGUCUGGAACAACACCUGUCUGCGUCCCAAUCACUUGUGGUCAUCCCGGCAACCCAAUCAACGGGCGGACCAAUGGCAGCGAGUUCAACCUCAAUGAUGUCGUCAACUUCACCUGUAACAGAGGUUACAUCCUCAGUGGAAAUGCUCGUGCUCAGUGUCGACUCAACGGACAGUGGAGCAGCCCCCUACCCGUCUGCAAAGUGGUUAACUGUUCAGAUCCCGGCCACGUGGAAAAUGGUGUGCGCCAGUCUGGCCUACGUUACCCAGAAGUCUUCAGCUAUGGUGUAAGUGUGGCAAUCCACUGUAAACGAGGCUUCUAUCUGCUGGGCUCUGCACUCCUCACAUGUCAACAUGAUGGACGAUGGGACCGACCAAUCCCUCGCUGCCAAGCAAUUUCCUGUGGAGACCCCGGGGUGCCACCUAAUGCAGUCAUAUCUGGAACCCAUAGUUGGACAUAUAGUUCAGUGCUGCACUACUCCUGUCUGCCUGGUGGGGUGCUGGUGGGCAAUGCUACUCGACACUGUCAGGAAGAAGGCACGUGGAGCGGGGCGCCACCAUACUGCACAGGUGUAAAUCCAGGAAUCUGUGGAGACCCAGGGGUCCCUCCUCACGGUGCCCGUCUGGGAGGGGAAGAAUUCAAAACCAAGAGCUUGCUGCGUUUCAGCUGUGAGGCGGGAUACAGUCUGACGGGCUCAGCUGAAAGGACCUGCCUUCACAACGGCACCUGGAGUGGCACACAACCUGUCUGUCAAGCUGUAUCCUGUGGUAACCCUGGCACCCCAGCAUAUGGAAGAAUCGUCUUCAGUGAUGGCAUCACCUUUGGCAGUUCAGUAGCAUAUGCAUGUUGGGAAGGCUUCAAAACAUCAGGCCUGACCACCAGACACUGCACAACAAAUGGGACAUGGACAGGACAACCCCCAGACUGCACUGUGAUCAGUUGCGGAGACCCUGGGCCAGUAGCCAAUGGGAUCUAUCUCGGAAGUGAGUUUGCCUUCAACCACACGGUGACCUACCGGUGUAACCCGGGACACCUGAUGGAACAACCUGGACUGGGAUGCAGCGUUCUGCGCUGCACUAAAGUUGGAACCUGGAAUCAAACCAAACCCAGCUGUAAAGUGAUCCAGUGUGGAUCUCCUCCUCAAGUCCUACAUGGGAAAGUGGAGGGUACGGACCAGUCAUGGGGAUCAAGUGUUAGCUACAGUUGUUUCCACGGUCACCAGUUGUCCACUCCUGCCGUGUUAACCUGUGAGGGGAAUGGGACAUGGACGGGAGACAUCCCACAGUGUCUGCCUGUCCUGUGUGGUGAUCCUGGAUCUCCUGGAGGAGGAUUCAGAGAAGGGAACAUCUUUUCAUACCGGUCAGAUGUCAGGUUCUACUGCCAUGCGCCCUACUUGCUGGUAGGCUCUGCCUCCAGAGUCUGUCAGGCUGAUGGGACUUGGAGUGGCCACCAACCAGCCUGUAUAGACCCAGCCUUCAACAGCUGUCGGGACCCAGGGACUCCAGCCUAUGGUGUCCCGAUCAUGGCCCAGGGCUUUCAGGUUGGCAGUAAGAUUUCAUUCAAGUGCCGCAAAAACUACCACAUCCUUGGUUCAACUACAAGAACGUGCCUGGAAAAUUUAACCUGGAGUGGAACUCAACCUGAGUGUAUAGCCCAUUCAUGCAGACAGCCAGAGACUCCAGGUAAUGUAGAUGUUCGCUCUAUGGACCUGCCUACCUUGGGAUAUACGCUGAUCUACACCUGUCACGAUGGAUUCUAUCUGGCCGGGGGAUCAGAGCACAGAACCUGCAAAAGUGAUGGGAGAUGGUCGGGCAAAUCCCCGCUCUGUAAAGUUGGAGUGAAAGUCAGUCCCAAAGGCAGAGGCGAGUCAGAUGUCCAGAAGAACAAGAUUCGUGUUCCAGUGGAUGUUUUUUCACCAAACUCUGAGUGGAGUGGAUUCUACGAGUAUCUGGGGAAGAGACAGGCCACCACAUUGACAGUUACUGGCUAUAAUCUGACCAGUGGCAGAGUUAAUGUCACAUUACUGGAGACCAGCGGAGUAUCAAUCAGACUGUCAGGCACCUAUAAGUCAGAGGAAAACCAGCUGCUCUUGAAAGUCUACCAGGUGAAGGGGCCAACAGAGCACUACUACAGCAAGUUUAAAAAUGACAACUGGGCAAUGGAUGGAUAUGUUACAGCUGAAUCAGACCAGAAGACUUUUGUUUACCAGGGGCAUAUUCACAGUAAAGACUUCGGCAAGUUCCAUCUGACGAGGCAAGGCCCUGUAACCAUGGCAAUGGACCCAUCCAACCCCUACACAAACAGCAGCUCUGUGGCAGCAGCCAUCUUGGUUCCUUUCUUUGCCCUCAUACUGUCUGGAUUUGCCUUCUACCUCUACAAGCACAGGACGUUGUCUGCUGACACAGAUGACAAUGAGAGACCAAAAGACACCUGGGGGCCUGGUGGCAGGACACGUCCCAAGGUCCAGUUCAAUGGCUAUGUCGGCCAUGAGAGCUCCAACGGUCAGGCAUCAUUUGAAAACCCAAUGUAUGACACCAACAUGAAGCCUACUGAGGCUAAGGCAGUUCGAUUCGAUACCACACUCAAUACAGUCUGCACUGUGGUAUAGUCCAGCAAACCUGCCACUAUACAGUGGUUUAGUCCAACCUCCAUGUUGCAGACUGCUGUGUGGUGUAACCAAACAAAAAAGAAAGAGCAAACAUAUGUUUUGGACGUGUCACCGUGAGCAGUCUGUGUUGUAGCAUGCUGGUCCUCUGUCAGCGUCGUCUGCACAGUAACGCAGCUUGCUCCUGCUCCUGAACAAUGGUAUCAUCCACCUCUUCCUGUAGUCUGAAAGUGCUAAAUAGGUUGGAACCAACAAACAAGGGAGUAGACAAAACGUCAUCAAGUCAGAUGCAGUCUGUUGUUCAGGAGAUCAAUACUGGGACCAGAAUUCCUCUUAAGCACUGUUGCAGUUCGAACAUCAAGAAAUGUUGUACGAUCAGUACAAGUUCUUCCACGAGCGACAACCUAAUAGGACAGUUCUAAUCCAGUGUCACCUGACUGACUGCUUAAGUUUGACCCACCCACUAAUGGAAAGGGCUCUGCAUGCCUCUCGAAUACCAUCCCUGCAACCUGAAUAGUGGUUUACCCCAACCUAACCCUUUACCCCCCAUGCCAAAUUUGCACAGUGGUAUAGGCUUCCUGACUCCUCCUGCUGUAGGCCAGACUUGGCUUUGACCAAUGUCAUGCUCUAUCCUCAGGGGAAGCACACAGACUAUUCCACCAGUCAGUGGCUCGCUCCACACAUUGAAUACUAAUUGGACAAUUUCUAUAUGUCAAAAAAAACACAUCAAUGGUGCUGGACAAAACCCCCCCACUGGACUUCCAUCAUGCUAGACUUGACAGGACUGGACCCUGAUGUCACCCUGUAUUGACGGCUCACGCCGUCUGUUUUGGUGGAAUCUGAUGUUAAUUGUACAGGCUGCUGUAACACUGACAACCAAACGCAGUCAAUACAGUGACAAGUUCAGCCAGACCAAGGAUACUCAUACUCAUCCAGUACAGGAUACUAGGAUUAAAUCAGGACUUGGAGUGGUGGACUAGUGGUAUACAAUGGUUUGAAAUGUUUCAGCCUACUUGGGUAGCUGAAUGUGCUGGGUUUAAUAUAGCAGGACAUUCACAGAGUAAGAUAAAUUGAGUUGUUAGUUAAAAAAGGAUUUUUGAAUUAGUUCCUGUGAUUGCCUUUCCCCUCUGCCACUUGCUGCAUUGCCUUGUAUGACAGUGUCAACCUAUAGUAUUUGGUGUCAGUUGGGCUGAAACAUUACAAAUCAAGCAUUUGCAAGUGCUCGUUUGCCCUGGUUUGGUAUUAGAGCUCGUAAACAUGCUCCAGAGGAGUUUUGGAUACUCAAAAUAUUCUGUAGAGGUACCACACACUUGAAAUUGGUCAAAUACACAAUAUUCCACACUAGCCCUAGGCAAACUGUGCUGAACCAGAAAACCAGACAGUUGAGUUGCCCGACAGGUGUACACAAUGGAUUGGUUUCCAGUGGCCUGUCUAACACAAUCAAAGAGACAGACAACUGAAUCUUGUUCUUGGCCAGGAUUCUGUGUGGAAGCUUGGAGGCAAUAAGCUGUCAAGAUCUUCGACUGCUGCAAUCAGCUGCUACCACAUCCAGGAAAUGAUUUUGUCUUCUCAUAACUCUGGCUGGGAUAAUCAGUCAAGUGGUGACUGAUUUGUUUUUCGACAGUAUACUCCAGCAACAAAAUUAGAAACAGAUAAACACAUUGAGACAGAAAAUUGGACAGACGGACACAGACGAAUGGACAGAUAGACACCUUUGUCAGCUGUGCUGGAAAAAAGAGACAUGGACAGGUUGCUAUGGAAACAGAGACAAAUAGUUGUCUCCUCUUGUCUCUUCUGGCAUUUUUCUUCAGUGAAGAUAUUGAUGAACACACUAUGUUCAAAAACCCAGUGACCGCAUGGGACUUCCCAAACUAUUGCUGCUGGGGACCCCAAAAUAUAAACUUUAUAUUAACUCUUAAACUGCACAAAAUUUGCACUAGUGUGUUUUUCUGACUGGGUUAUGGAAAAAAUGAAUAAUUUUUGUGGGGUCUGAAAUGGGUUUAAAAAAUGAGUCAUUCAACAAAGUGGAUUUUAUUCAAAAAACUUCUAUCUUUAAAAAGAUUAUAAAAUGUCUAAAUACAGGGUUACAGAGUGUUUGUAUAUACACAUUUAUAUUUCAGACUCACUGUUAGCAGAAGGUGUGACCAUAUGCUAUAACGUUUAUUUUGUUGCCAUGACAACAUGCUAGCCAACCCGAAUGGUGGGAUCAGUUUACCCGCGGACCUCUGAGCUUCUGGUGUCACACAGUGGCAACACACCUGCCAUUUUUAGAGCAGUGGCUGUUUCUGAAAGCUCGUACUGAAUACAGUUACUGCUAUGAUAUCUGGAGGAGAUGUUCAUCAAUAUAAUGUGCAGUGUGUUCCCACUGAAACAACUGAACCACAUUGCCUGUUUUAUUUUCAGGUAUAUUUUCAUUAUACCCCAUCAUUUUCUGAGAUGCUUCACUCCUAUGUUGAACUUAAUAGUACACAGUUUGAGAUACUUUAUACAGAGAUUAAAUAGAAUGGACUCAUUUAUCUCAGUGAGACGUUUGCAGUAACAGACAGUAUAAGUUUUCAGAAACCAUAUGCAACUGUUUCUCGAGGCCUCUUUAAGAAGAUGUGUUGUGAUGUUCCUUAAUACUCGCAUCAUCAUGCAUCAUCAUUCAACACAUUUGUGAUGCACAUGAUCAUAUUUCAACACACCUUUUUAAAGAGUGCUCAGCGCAUGCAGGAUCUGUUUGAGAUCUGUCAUUUCGGGCAGAGGACAAAGAGAUACAGUAUUAAGACAACAUGCACAAUUAUUGUUGUCGAUGCCUAUCACCCCCCUGAACCUCUCCAUUGUUUGAGAAAUACCUCGUGUGCAGAGACAUAGUUACAACCUGCUUAUCAAUGCUGGAACCUCACUGCAACAAAUACACAAGCUUAGCGAGGGCGUUUCACGGCAUUUUGAGUCCAAAUGUUGGCUGACACCCAUGAAUCUGCCGGAUCCAAGAUAAUUCCCGAGUUUCAAAUCACUUGCCAAGCUUGUUAUUUCUCGCAGUGUUCACAAUAUUUUUAUUUUUUGAAAGAUGCUGCACUUGGUGCAGAUCACAUAUGUAACUGCUUUCAGUGUGUCCCUCAGUGUCUUCAGGCCUGUUUCCUGUUUGUUACUCACUUCACCCAGACAUUCUGGCAUUAGGUCUACACUUCAGGCAUUUUUACUUUAACCUGCAUGAUUUUUAUUGUCCAACUGAAUUUUUCUUGUUGGCUGUCAUGUUUUCAGUCAUUCAACCUGUCCGUCAUACUGUCAUAUACUUACAAACAUUAAAUCACACAUUCAUUCAUUUACAUACACAAUUUUUUUUUUUGUGGUUCAUUAUACGAACAAAUAUAUGAAGAGUGUUACACUCUGGGCCAAGACACAAUUCAGAUCAGAGUGGAUUUUCCUGAGAACUCAAAUUCUGAAAAAAACAUUUGGCAUGAGAAAGUUGUCGCAUUGACCUAUUUUGAAAUAAGUGAGAAUGAAUUAAUAAGUAAAUACCCCUCUACUCCAGAUUAGAAUGCUGCAAAUAAAAUGUCCUGAAACAAUGGUGAUUAUGUUUGGAAGAAUAUCAACAGGGUCUUAUUGGCAUUAUAUAAUCCAUUGUCACUCAGUGUCUGCUCCUGGGUUGGGGUCAAACAGCCACAAACACAAACACCAGUAAGUAAGGAUAUGCAAAUGUGUGAAGUAGCCAAUAUACUGGCGGCAAUAAUUAAAGAAUGUGAAAAGAAGAACAGAAGUCACAUUGAAAACCUCUUCACAGGAAUAAACGAGACAUCUGUAAACAACAGUAGAGCGUCUGCUCACAAGAUUGUGCACUUCCUCUCUUUUUAUUUCUUGAGUGCACCCAGUGCCUCUAUUUCAAUUAAUUUAAUGAGUUCAGUUAAGAAUUCCUGCAGUCCUGAAGUCAAGAGAGCAUAAUGGAGCCUGAAAAUGAGAGUCUGCAUGGUUUCCAAAAGCAUAAUAAAAGGUCUAAUUGUUAACACUCAAUGACACAGAUCUCAUCACCUUGCGUGCCCAAAGAAAGAAUCUUCAGACUCCCAUUAAUAAUGAUAAAGAUGAGAGAGGGACGACAUAGGUUAGAUUUCAGAUCUUGUUUGUGCUCACAGAACCUUAGCCAAAUAUUAAGCAAAUAUUUGUGCAGAUCCUUAAAGGUUAUGGCGCACAGGCCAUAAUGACAUCUCAAGCUUACAGCAGAGGACUAAAAUUAUCACAUUGUCUCUGAAAGCCCACAAGGAGGCCAGAUGAGCUCAAAUGUAUGACUGCCAGCACCCCCCAGUCCCCCCUCAAUGUUCCUCAGCAGCUGUGUGGAGGCAGACGUCGUCUGUCUCUGUGAAGCCUGUUUCCUUCAGUAGCAGUUUCACUCACUGCUUUUCUUCAUACAUGAAGGCGGGGUUUUGUUUUGUCAGCCUUACACUAGCUUUGCCCCGUUCAAAUAUAAAUAGUGGUCAUGUCUGUAAAGUAUUCAUUUUUUGUUGCGACAAAAAGAUCUGCCUGGGUACUAGUGUAAAGUUUGUUGAUAUGGAGUUCUCUGGGUGAAAGUAUUUAUUUACAUUUGAUUUCCUUGAUUCUUUCUGGACUCUCAAAAAACUUUUAUAUGCCGAGUCAUGGUGGAGGUGCAGAUGAAGUUCAGUUGAGAAUCCACAAGUAGAUUGAACCAAAUGAAAUAUAUAUGAAUACAUAUAAGUAUACAUACUUAAAUUCAGAUAUUUGUUUUCAAAAUUUAAAGAGAAUCUAUUGUUGAAUUGGAAAAAAUAAAAUCGACAGGGAAAUCAAAUUGAUUCCAUUCUUAACUUUAAAGGAGGGAUUUGUUGACCUGAUAGCUGGACAUUAUUAAAUUUCUUGAUAAUUUGAAUAAAAUCAAAGGAAUAUGAACGAUAGACAAGCCAGUGUUUCCACCUAUAGAUAAAGAAAGUGGGCCAUCAUUUUUCCUGGUGUAAUGAGAUAAUAUUGUUUGGUGCAGCUCUUCAGUUUAUUUCCAUUAGAAAACGUUGGAACUACAAUUGGGUGGCCUUACAUAGUUUAAAGAUGAUACAGUACAAUACAAUGUUUUCGAGCCACUGAAAUUUAGGCAGAGCUUAUAUGCUGUCUCACUCAACCUUAUUGAAAUGUGACCUGUUAUUUAACUAAACAUGAUUCUUUUUGGAUAAUGUUUUGUUCCCUCCAACUUUAUUUCACGCGUCCUUCGUUUGGCAUUGUCAGCGUUCUUCUAUUAAAAAGCAACAGCUGGCUGCAAGUAAAAAAAAAAAAAUAAAACUACCUACUAAAUUUCAACAUGUCAAGGUUGUUUCCAUAGUUUUUUGGGGGAAAAGGUUCCACCUUUCCCCGUUACUUUCUCCAAAGUGGUAUUGUCAGCAGUCCUCGUUGAAACAAAGGGGUCUGGUUUGCUGCAAGCUUUAAAAAAAAAAGAAAAAUUCCAGCUACAAUUGUGAAUGUCAUACAUUGCCUUUUCACACCGUUUCACGUGGCACAGACUAGUUGCUAGAUUAUCUAAAUGACAUCAAGAUUGGGGCCUGUGAGCGAUUCAAACACGAGAGCACACACACCCAGGGAGGACUGCAGUGUGAUGCGGCUGAACUUUCCCUGGAGGAAAAAAAAUCCAGUUUCGGUACAUGUCCAAAUGUGGCUCGGUGGCCAUGUCAACCUGCAGAUGGAUUUUUAUCUGUGCUGGAAUGCCAUUGCUAGAUAGAAAUCAGACCUUUCUGUUUGUGUCUCUGUGUAUGUUUGCCUGUACUAUUCUUUCCGCACACACACACACACACACACACACACACACACACACACACACACACACACACACACACACACACACACACACACACACACACACACACACACACACACACACACACACACACACACAACAUAUAUCUGGGCUGCUUAUAGGUUUCACCUUUUUUGUGUAAUCUAAUUAAAAUCUGAAGUUAUCCAGUUUGUUUGCCCUCGACAGGACUUGACCGUCUCAACAGUUUGGAUAGGACAAACUUCUUAUGCCAUACGUUUAGAAUUCGAGCUUUGAGGAAAAAAUCUACAACCUGGUGACUUAACCGCAACCCUGCUUCACUUAGUGGAAAGUAUGAAUAAUUAUCAUUUCAGCAUAUGACACUUGUAGAUCUGGGACACCACACAUAUUGCUACUGUAUUCACACGUUACAAUGAGAAGCUGCAUUCUCAGCAACAUAUAUUGACAUGCAGUAAAGUUGCUUGUUAAUGUGUAAUGAAAUAAACUGGUUAAUUUCUGUUGUCCUGAUAGGAGAAAUGUAAGGUCCUCACCUCCUAGUUACCAUCAUCAUUAAAGGUUUUGUUUUAACCGUCACAUCACUGUCAUCAUCAUCACUGUCACCCCUCGCCAUCAUCAUGUGCUGCUGAACUUGAAGUAGGUGCAAAAGAAAAAAAUUUUGUACAGAAAUCUAUUUUUUAUGGAGAAUUUGUAUUUGUAAAAAAAACAAACAAAUGAUUAAACAUGCUGUACUUUUUAUGAUUAAUGAUGUAGGUAUAACAAAAUCUUGUUCAUCAAAGUCAAUGUUUUUACUGUUACACGCCAUGUAAAAAUCUAUGGUUCAAGUAUCAAAUAUCAAAAUGUCAUAUGAUCUCUUUUGUCUAUUACGGCUGCUUUUACACAGGAACAGAAAAUCUUUUUGGGACCUGGAUUAAAUCUUCUUCAUGAUGGAGAUGCACUUAUUUCCGAGUCACACAUAUGAAACAGCUUUGUUACAGGUCAGUUUCAGUUCCUUUUAAACAGUAUAAUUUUAAGAUCAGCAUUCAUUGCAAAAAAAAAAUACA